AUGACAGUGAAGGUCGUGGAGAGUGCUGUGCACCCGAAAAGCUUGGCUGACGUGCUGUUCUCUACAAUUGUCCGCAGCAGCCCUUCAAUUGAACUCACUGCUCCUUUGUGCGAAUUAGUCCGUAGUAAUCCUAACGCAAACAGAAAAGUACCAGAACACUUCUCAACUAACUUCCGGGAGCUACAGCAAGCGUAUUCGGAGUUUCUGACGGUGAAUCUUUCAAGUGGAAAUGACUCGUUUUGCAUCUCUAAUACGCCGAUUCCGUCAGAUUGGAUUGGCGUCUACAAAUUGUGUGAUGAUCCACGCCAGAAGUUCUUCAUGGGACUAGUUCAAUUUGGCAAAGGUCAUACAACUGGGUACUAUAUUGAAGAAUGUGCCGCUGCAACUUACGGGUGUCUUUUGGAGGGAGAAAAGGAAUGA